AUGGCUUCCAGUGGGGUCGGCAUGACCGCUGCAGGCUCAGCAAACGAAGCUCCUGAAAUUCCAGACAAUGCGGGAGCCUGGCUUCGGGGCAUCUACCACUUCACCACCCACAGGAAUGACUUGAGGAACUUGAUCCUCAACUUGGGACUUGCUGCUGGAGUUUGGCUGGCCAGGAAUUUGAGUGACAUUGACCUAAUGGCACCUCAGCCUGGCGUGUAG